CUGUGCGUUGUAGUAGGGUAUUGGUUUUUGUGUUGUGCAUGGUGUAUUAUUUAGUUUAAAGAUUAUAAAUUAUUACACAGAAUUUUAACAAUGAUUCAAGGCUACAGUUCGAUUUCUCAAGCGAUUUUUGGAACAUUGUUUACAUGGUUUUUAACAGCUGCUGGUUCUGCGUUGGUUUUUGUAUUUAAACCAGGUCAGCGAAAAGUACUGGAUGGAAGUCUUGGAUUUGCAGCUGGUGUGAUGUUGGCAGCAUCGUAUUGGUCUUUGCUGGCUCCUGCUAUUGAAAUGGCUUCCAAUUCUGAACUUUACGGCAGCCAUGCUUACUUACCGGUAGCACUAGGUUUUGGAUUGGGAGCAUUUUUCGUUUACUUUGCUGAUGUAAUGCUACAGAAAUUAGGAACACCAAUGAAUGUUGUGGCAAUGCUUGGAAGCAAUCCUAAGAUGGAUGAUAAUGCAUCGGGCAUGAAUGGGGAGAAUUACACAAGGGAUGUGGAGUUGGAAACAGGAUCAGCAGUCAAAAGAAGAUUUCCAAAACCAAAGCUUGAAAAUGGAGUUAACAGUGAUGACUAUGCGCAACAGAAGAUGGAGGAAGAAGAAAAGAUUUUAUCCUGGAAGAGAAUUAUUCUUCUGAUUAUUGCAAUCACUAUUCAUAAUGUACCAGAAGGUCUUGCUGUUGGCGUGGGUUUUGGUGCGAUUGGAAAAACUCAGUCUGCUACUUUUGAAAGUGCACGAAACUUAGCUAUUGGGAUCGGAAUUCAAAACUUUCCAGAAGGUUUAGCAGUGAGUCUGCCGCUGCGAGGUGCUGGAAUCUCUGUGUGGCAAAGUUUCUGGUAUGGCCAGUUAAGUGGUAUGGUUGAACCCAUUGCUGGUAUUCUUGGUGCACUUGCAGUCACCAUUGCAGAGCCUGUUCUUCCUUAUGCACUUGCCUUUGCCGCUGGUGCAAUGGUAUUUGUGGUAAACGAUGACAUUAUACCAGAAGCACAAAUGUGCGGAAAUGGAAAGCUUGCAUCACUUAUGUCUAUAGUUGGCUUUAUUGUUAUGAUGGCAUUAGAUGUUGGCCUUGGUUAAAUAGUAACAUGUGUCAAUACCUUAACUUAAAUCCAUUAUGCAAUAGGUCACGUAUUUAUUGGUGCAUAUACAAGCUAGCUAGAUAUUGAUUUUUCUCCAUGAAAAUGUAGAGUGUGAAUGUCAGUACUUUGAAAAUCAUUUAUACCAAAUAAUAUUACACUAUUGUUUUGUAUUACACUGCUAGUUCUAUAUAGAAAAGUUAGCUAAUUUAAUAAAGUGUUCACUUAGUGUACAAUUACACCGAUGUAGGAAAUUAAAUUUAUAAUAUGCGAUAAAUACUGUAUGUUUUGACUUUUUGGUUUUGAUCUGAUUUCACACCAGUAAAUUUCGUGCAAUAGUUUUACUUUUUAUGUUCCAAGAAGCCUAUCUAAUUCUGUGAGUGCCUUGGUACUGCAUUGUUAUACAGUUUUAAAUUUUUUGAUAUGUAACACAGACUUUGAGCUAUACAAGUUCUACAAGUAUACUAUCAGUAUAUGUUAUUGACAUUUCUGUAUGUAAAAAUUACACUAUUUUAAAGUGCAAAUUAUCUGUGCACUGUUUUAUAUAGCGUGUUAAAAAAAUGGAUUUUCUAUGAUACUAAAUAUGCCUAUAUUAGCAUGGGUUGGAACUAAUAAAGCACUUACACUACAAAAUAGAAACUGUGGAUUUUUGUCGUGUCACAAUACAACUUCUGUUUAUUUUCAUUAUUCAAUGGAAUUUGUGUAUUGCCCAUAUUCUUUUGGAUGCAUCAGGUUUAAUUGCAUUAGUAGUGUCAUAUCUUUGGUUGUUCGUUAGUAAUACAUGUUAAAUGUUAAUACCAUUUACAUUACAGCACCUUAAAUAACUGCCUCUUAAGCCACUAUGCAAUGGAGCUAUGGAUGAAAACAUAAACAACACCUCUAAAAUUCGUGAAAUCACCUGCGUAAUUCACUGGUUUCAAACAUGGAAUCAAUUUCAAAAAGGUGUUUUUAUGACUGACCUUGUUUCAAAGGCAAUGCCCAAUAAGGUUGAUUUGCUGUUGGAUCAGAUGAAUGGUAUGAAUGUAAAUGAUCGGCCACGGAACAUAUUUGAAUGUCAAUUGAGAUUGUUUGGGCAGUGGUUUGAAGAAUGGACAAUCAAUCAACGCAACUAUAUGCUUGAAAAGCUGGAGUCUUUUGAACCUGCCUUUGUGUCAGAAUUUUACACCAGGGAUAAAUCAAACUGUUCAUAUUUCAUGAUGAUUUUAUUAAUUAAAUAACCUUUUUGUAAUAGUUUAGCAGAUAUGUGAAAUGACUGUUAGUAAUUGUUUUUUCCUAAUACUUGUUAAAACUUUGUGAAUGUCACAUGUUUUAUUUUUAUAUUGUAUUUGUGUGCAUGUAAAAAUCCCAAUGCAAUGCUCCACCUUAAAAAUCGAUGAUCUUAUUUUCU